CCGCAAAAGCGGAAAAAUGGAUGGUUAGUAAAAAAUAAUAAUUUACGAAUGGCAUUUUUCUAAAAAUACUUGAGGAUAAAUAAUAUACUGCUGUCGCGAUAGUUCAGCUGCGAAAUAUUACAUUUGAAAACAUUCCAUGAUAUGAAGGAACUAAAGGGGGCGUUUACAUGCAACGGUACGAAUCCGCUAUUCUAUUUAAGUUUAAGUGCUGGGUCUCUAAAUGAUAUUUAGGGACGACUCAUUCCAAAGGCAUAGGAGAUUCUGAAAUGGUAACCAAGAUUAGCAUGGGAAUACAAGAGUUUUCUGGUACUUUUUAUUUAUGACUAAUAUUGCUCAAGGUAUAAUUGCCUUUUGAUAUACAGUCGAAUUGAUAGGUACUCAAUCGGUUUACAUCUAAAAUCAUACUUAUCAUAUCGUAUGAGGAUAUACUAAUGGUACAGCCAGGGUUAUUUCUCGGCUAUAAAAUGUUUGAAGCUAUAUAAGGUAGCAAAGAUAAGAUAACCGGUAAUGUUGCUAAUCUAAAUGCUGUUCUUUAUCCCUCCUUACGAGCAGAUAAUUACAGCAAGCUAUAGUACAAAUUGUACCUUAUCAAAUAUAUUUUAGGAAUAAAAUAUAUUAAACAGUCUCAAUUAGUUUAGUCAAAUUCUUAGGUGUAGAACACUGUAAAUUGUAUUAUGUAUCCACUUAUAUUAAUUAUAUUAUCCGUUAUUUCACAAGUAAAGUACAUACUUUGUUAUCGUUCUCCAAACAUGAAUCAGCAACCGAUAACCUAUGACCUAUAAAAAUCGGGAAAGCUCACAUUCCGAGUUCGUGAACAGAUAGUGUUAUCACAAUACAUUAAACAUUUAGGAGGUUCCGGUAGAGUAUAUAGAUAGGCAGGCCGAAUAAAAUACACCACUUCGGGAAUACGUUUCAUUCGAGAUAGAAUCGUAAGCCACUACUAAACGAUGGAGCGUGCAGAUAAUUCAAAUCUUGAAAUGCUGCUUGAGACAGAUUGGCAGCUACAUCAGGUGUAUACUGGAGAGAACAUUUUUUUCGUUAUCGCAAAAUUGGGAUGGUUGAAGACACUGCAUACACUCAACGUGCUUAUAGAUGAAGAAAUCAAGCCAUGGCUGCAACAGCGAAACAAGCUUGGCGAUACUUGUAUUCACGUUGCCGCGUUGGCGAAUAGAGGGAAGCAAGCAAUACAGUUGAUAGAAAAGUUAGUGGAAUAUGGAGCAAAUCUAAAUACAAGAAGAAAUUGUAAUGGUGAUACUGUACUUGACAUAGCAGUGAAGAACAAAGAUCAUGAACUCACUGUGUGGUUAUGGAAGCAGCCAAGCAUCAAUUUACAAACAGAAAAAUUCUUCCACUACGUUAUGGACCAAAUGAAAUUAAAAGAAAGUCAGGAAAAUAAAAUGGAGAUACUCGAAGCUUAUAUGAUGCAAUUGUUCAAGUAGUUAACGACAACGAAGACAGUGAUUUAGAAUAUUAACCUACAUUCUAUCAAUUAAAUUGUGUAGACAUAAGUGGUAUAUGUACAUGUCAGAAAUAGCAUAAGCGUGUUUAUCGAUAAGAAAUAAAUUUCAAAUAUAGAUAAUGUAGCCUUAGUUCGUAGGUUUAGAAUAACUUGUAUGUGGAUUUGUGUAUAACUGGUUUAAAAAGAUUUAACAGCAACUAUAAUGUAAGUAAAAAUCUAACUAUUUUAACCAUAGCUUAAUAAUAUCUACUUCUCAAUUUUCAUGUUUGUUUUUGACCAGAGUAGUUAAUCACAUCCGAUAUGGACGAA